AUGGCCGUCAUUGAGGAGAUCAUAGAAGAGCCAACUACAAUAAACUCUGGCCUUGAGGAGACUCAUGGUUCUAACACAACAUCACAACUAAAGGCAACUGAAGUAGCAUCGCAAGGCAAGGACAAGGAUGGUAAUGGCAAUCAUGUAGACAAUUCGGAAACCAUCGAACCAAUUCAUACAAUGGAAUCUUCAGAAGACAAAGAGCUCUUUGAAGAAGCGACUCGGCAUAAGGUCGCAGGGAAUCAACAUUUUGGACAGGGCAGCUACACAGAGGCAUUGAAAUGCUAUCAACUUGCUUUGUCAACUUGUCCUGCAGAAGCAACCCCAUCAACGGCUGCUAACGCUGAUAAGGAUAUUGCAGAUCAGGAUAAAAUGGACAAAGUAUUCAAUGCAAUAACUAAAAAAUACAGGUCUGAGCGAGCUGUUUACCAUGCCAACAUGGCUGCCUGUUUUAUCAAGCUUAAAGACUAUGACGCAGCCAUUGAGGACUGUGCAACCGCUCUGGAACUGGAUCCAUCCUAUAUGCGUGCGCUCCAACGCAAAGCUCAGGCGGAAGAAUUAAAAGGGACUUUGUCGAGCAUGAACCAGGCCAAGCAAGAUCAUGAAAUGGUGAUCGAGACAUUAAAGAUCGAGCUUGGAUUAAUUGAACCCAGAUACGAAGUUAACGAUAGCCUGGAGCAAGGCGGUAUUGACAAGGGGCAGGACACCAUCGCAACUAAGUCAUCAGAGCGGUCAUCAUCGUCGUCAUCGUCGUCAUCAACUUCACGAGAUGCGAAGACCUCAAUACGACCUAACACACCUGAACCAAAUCUCCCGACUUUUAAGCCAAAGAAGCUUGAUCUUGAUGAGGUAGCUAAAAAGAAACAUCGUUUGAUGAUUCAGACUAGCGAGCAGGCAUUGAAGCGUAUGGAACCGGUUUUGAAGGAAUUAUUAGAGAAAGAAAAAGCUGAGAUGAUUGGCAAGCUAAAGUCAAUGGGCAAUUCAAUUCUUGGGAGGUUUGGGUUGUCGACAGACAAUUUCCAGAUGAAGCAGGAUCCUUCGACGGGAGGAUACUCGUUUAAUUUCGUCAACAAGCCAUAA